GUAGUAGUAGGGAUUUCCGGGGACUGGCUCACCCACUGCUUCGGUAAAAAAGCUGUUUCGGAGGCAGCGCCCGCCUAAAAAAAAAAAAAAAAAAAGUUUGUACUCUAACCCCACUAAACAGGCCGUGUGGAGUCGAAUGCACUCACUCCUGAAGUGAUAGCUCUAACCGUUCCAGAGAUAGCUUUCCCAAAACCCUUGCUAAUUACUUACUAAUCACCACCUUAUCAGCUACUAUUUCCUGCACGAAAUUCCCACUCAUUAUCUAAUUACUUAAUGACUCAGUACGAAUGCAUCGUUAUCUACUUUCCUACAUUCACUAACCCGAUCUAUGGCUCUAAAAGAAAAAUAGAAUAAACUAUAUCUAACCUAACCUAACCUACGGGUCUAAGCAAACAACAAUAAAUAUACCUAACCUACAUUAACACCAUUAUCUAUAAUAAAAUUAGAUGUAAGGGUUACAUAUUUAAAUAAAACAUUUUUAUAUCAGGUAUUAUUCUUUUAUUUAUAUGUCCAUUAUGUUUCUAUACAAAUUUACUAGCACCGUAUCAUUGUUCUCUGAGUCACACGUAAAAUUUCUAAGGAAGUCUUUUAAUCUCAUCCCCCUGAACUUGUAAUAUAUGUAUACCAAACAGUACUCUCCGCACACCGCCGAUAGGUAAUCCUGAACCGUAAGGCUAUUGUACCUCCACAUGCAACAAUUCCUCCUUAAAAAUCCUUCUAUUGCUUCAAUAGGUUUACGUCCAAACGAAUCAAAGUAUUCGCCAACUCUUUCGAUGUUUAUAUGAAUAGCCACCCAAUGAGACCCCGGCUGUGAAUCAGGGUCAAGAUUGCAUAUGAUAAGUGCUGGCACCUGAGCAUACAUCGGCAAUCGAUUUGAAGGAUAUACGUUGCUCUGGAGGCUGGGAUGUAUUCUGCAAAGACUCAUUUGCACUUCUAGUGUGUUCAUACUUUAAUACGCGUUUACUCCCCUACUCUUUCACUCUUUUACUGACUACAUUUAUUACUAUCAAUUCAUAUUUGUACCAAUGUAUUUAAACACACACAUAAUAUGAUCUCAACAUAAGUAAUGAGUCUCUUUGUAAAAAAAGUAAUGAAGGUAAAUAAAAACCAUGUCAUAUUCGAUUACAUUAUAUUUUAUUAUUCUUAAUAUCAUAAUAAUUACAUAAGCGAUUGCUUAACUACUAUAAUCCACACAUACAUUUCUGUUCUUAUCUAUUUCUAUAAUAUUUGAAAACUCUGCGUAAACUACACAGUUAAUUGUUUCAGUCAAUGCGCUCUCGAAUCUUACUUCCAUUCUUACACUACCAUGACGUACAAGAUUCCAAUGCACAUUAGAGUUAGCCGACAAGUCAGGUGUUAAAUCAAAAGCUAGUAAACAGUAUCCAUUUGAAUAUUGCUCCCUCGAUAUUCCAUUACCUUCGUUAAGAAAAUGUAUACCGGUGCCUGAGUACAGGGUGUGGUAUGCGCUAGUAAAUACAUCGUUUGGAAAUGAUGGUUGUAACGAUUUUGAAGGUAUCUGUUGACCAUCUAUAUACUGGCUAAAUGAGCAAAUACCAAAAUUUUCAAAGUUGAAAGGAUUUUUAACAUAACUACCGUUGAAUGCUGUAUUAUUCACAAAACCUAUAAUACAUCUCUUAGGAACCUGUCCUAAAAUAUACUUCAAAAGUAAUGAAGGUUAAUAAAAACCUGAUAAGGUUAUUCGUUUAUAUUUUCAUAUUCGUAAAUAUAUUUUAUUGUUCUUAAUAUUAUAAUAAUUAUACGUAUAUGUGGUUGCUAAACUACUAGAUACACACAUUUCUGUUAUUAUCUAUUUCAAAAAUAUUUUAAAAAUGCAAUGACUAUUAAGAUUGCAAAGGGUAUUUAGAGUGCCCUUUGUAUUUCUUAUCCACAUUUUACUGAUAGGUAUGGAUACUUGUUCAAACAUGCAGUCGAGUUGAAUAUCGUAACUAGAUAAUGAUAUCCAUUACCAGUCUAUAUAACCCGAUACUUGUAGAAAGAUUUAGUAUUGUGCUCUAAGUUCGACAAAAGUGAAGUGGUUGAAAGUUUGAAAUAAUAAACAACAAUGGAGGGAACAUACAAUCUGAAAGAUGUUGAGAAUUGCUUUAAACCCUAUAACUACUAUACUUCAUUAUCUGAAGAAGACGAGACGUCUCCAUCUAUUAUAAAGCACAAAAGAACUUUAGAUGAUUUGUUUAUACAAGAACCAAAACAGAAAAAGAAAAAACUGAUAUUAUCUUCAACUGCUGGUCGAUCUAUAAAUGAAGGCACUAUUAAUUAUAUAUCAACUAAUAAAAAUGACGGUGAAGAGUCUGAUCUCAUGAUAAAAAUUGAAGUAUAUGACCUUAACAAAUUAAGAGAAAUUCCGACAUCGCAACAUUGGAAAAAUGCUGAUAUUCGAAUUAAAUACUAUACAAAAUGUAAUUCAAAUAUGAAUAAUCAAAUAGAAAGUAUAGUUUAUAACAUCACUAAAGAAAUAUCAGAAGUUGAUACUGUAAAGCAUUACAGUUUUAAAAACUAAAUAAUAAAAUAUUACUUAAAUAAUAAUAUACUAUAUAAAAUAAAUACUUAAGUUUUUGUAUUGUAAUAAUUUGGUCGUAAUGACGCUCUUGAUCUAUUAAUAGCAUUACAUUCCUUGGACUUUAAAUCAUUGAUGAGUUAACCUGAAUUCAUUGAACAUUAUGGAGGGAGUAAUGUGCGAAUGUGAACUGCAAAAUGAAGAAUCUGUAAAUGAAGAACUGAAGAAAAAUAAUCUUCAAAAUGCUUUUUAUGACAGUGCAAUGGUUGAGUUAUGUGGUGAAGUGGAAAAGCAAUUGCAGGAACAAACUGGACGAGGUAAUAAACGAAAACCACAAUAUGAUUCUCAUAUGGGUAAUAAGAAACGAUUUAAAUCUGAAACACCAUUAACUUCUACACCGGAGGCAUCUACUUCAAAUAAUAGAGGUAAACCAUUAAACUCAGUCAUAUGUAGUGUAUGUAAUAUGUGUGUAUCCAAGAAGUAUUUUGCCAACCACCUAAGGAGUAACAUGCAUAAAAAUAAUUUAGUUAAAAUACAACAUUCUCUUAAACCAAAUGUAACGAUAUAUGAGAAUGCUUUUGGAAACAGGAUAUUAACAUAUAGAGUUACUUCAGAACAUGAGGAUAAUUCCGAUUUUGAAACACCCGAUUUAUUUCUCACUUCUGUAAAAGAAACAAUAUUUACUCUAAUUAAAAAUUUUACCGAGAUUCAUACAAUUUUAAAAAUAAAUUUUAUUUUGUAUGCUGACUUCGUGCAGGAGACUAAAAAUAUGACUAAUACCUUUGAUUUCCAAUCUAUGAAUUUUAUUGUUUGUGUUGAGGAUGAUUUAAAUAUAUUUUAUACAUCGUUGUCUAAAUCUCUCGUGAAUUAUGUUAAUUCAUUUGAAAAGAAAGAUAGUGGUUGGAGUUUAAAAAAUAUUCUGUACUUAGAUAUAAAUGUAAACAAAUUUAACCCAUUACGGGGUGGGUCUUAUAUCGAUUUACCUCAUGAUAUUAAAAUUAAAAAAGCUGUUGUGAAUGUAAAAAAUACUGAUGAUGCAUGUUUUAAAUGGGCUUUAUUGUCUGCAUUAUUCCCAGUACUUAAGAAUUCAGAUCGUGUAUCUUCUUAUUUUAAACAUAGUAAUAAAUUAAAGUUCGAUAAUAUUAAAUUCCCUGUUAAAUUUCGUGAUAUACCUAAAAUUGAAAAUCUGAAUAAAAUUAGUAUAAAUGUUUUUGGUUUAGAAUAUAAUGAGCAAACAAGAAAACAUAUUGUUGUAGGCCCCCUAUAUUUUACAAAAAAUAGAAUGUCGACUCAUAUAAAUUUGCUAUCUUUAACACAAGGUAAAAUAGGGCAUUAUUGUUUCAUAAAAAAUAUAUCAAGAUUAAUAAGUAGUCAAAUUUCAAAGUCAAAAGAAGCUAUUUACUUAUGUGAUUUUUGUUUGUUAUACUUUCGAUCGCUUGAACGUUUAAAAAACCACCAGAAAAAUGAUUGUCGACACAUUUAUACACAAUUACCCAGUACCGCUAAUAAUAAAAGAAAUUGGUGUGGUGAAAUUGUUUCAGACUGCAAAUUAAACUUUGAUAAAUUCCAACGAAAAAAUAAAUUACCCUUUGUUAUAUAUGCAGACUUUGAGGCAUUAUUAAGUCCCAUAGCAUCGUGUUCAAAUAAUCCAACAAAGCCAUCCACAAUUAAUAUACAAAGACAUGAUGUUUAUAGUUUUGGAUAUUACAUUAAAUGUUCUUAUGAUGAUAAACUUUCAAAAUAUUUAACAUAUACUGGGGAAAAUUGUGCAUUAAAAUUUAUGCAAUUCUUACAAGAAGAUUUAAAAAAUAUAACAAAAAACAUUUUAUUUCAAAAGCCACCUUGCCCUCUUUCAUUUGAAGAACAACAUUUAAUUAAAACAUAUCAAACUUGCUACGUGUGUAACAAAAAUUUAAAUGGUGAAUCAAUGGUAUACCACGAUUGGUAUACUGGUAAAUUCAAGGGUGUUGUCCAUAAUAUAUGUUUCGAAAAAUUUAGAGCCCCAUUAAUGAUUCCAGUUUUCUUACAUAACUUAAGUCACUACGAUGCUCACUUUAUCGUUCAUGCUUUGAACUUUGAGGAAGGCCAAGUUGAUGUUCUUCCUCAAAAUAAGGAGAAAUACAUUUCUUUUUCAAAAAUAUUAAACAUUAAUAAUAAUACUUUAACUUUGCGAUUUGUUGAUUCAAUUAAAUUUUUACCCAGUAGCCUUGAUAAGUUAGCUAAAAAUUUAAAAACUAGUGAUUUUAUAGAACUAUCAAAAAAUUACCCGAACUCAGAAGAUUUUAAACGUUUAACAAAAAAAGGUAUAUUUCCAUAUGAAUUCAUCAAAGAUUUCGAUGCAUUAAAUCACCAACAUCUCCCAAAUAAAUCAGAUUUUUAUAGUACUCUCACAGCGUCAAAUAUUUCUGACGAUGACUACAAUCAUGCUAUCGAUGUUUGGAAUCAUUUUAAAUGUAAUAAUAUGUUAGAUUAUUCAAAUCUUUAUUUAAAAACCGAUGUUUUAUUAUUAGUUGACAUUUUUGAAAAUUUUAGACGUGUUUGCAUAAACACUUAUGAUUUAGAUCCCGCACAUUAUUUUACUACUCCAGGAUUAAGCUGGGACGCUAUGCUUAAAUAUACUUAAAUAGAAUUGGAAUUGUUUACAGAUAUAGACAAAAUUGUUUUCAUUAAGUCAGGAAUAAGAGGUGGAGUUUCACAAUGUAGUACACGUCAUGCAAAGGCGAAUAAUGUGUACAUGUCUGAUUACAAUGAAAAAGAGCUAGAUUCUUUUCUUAUAUAUCUUGAUGCAAAUAAUUUAUAUGGUUGGGCCAUGUCUCAAUAUCUGCCUACAGGGCAAUUCGAAUGGACUAAUCCGGAUACUGAUUUUAAUGUUUCUGAUGAAUCAGAAGUAGGGUUUAUCCUAGAGGUAGAUCUUGAAUAUCCAGUUCACUUACACGAUAAACACUCAGAUUUACCUCUUUGUCCUGAAAAUAUAUCAGUAGGUGAUAUUAAUGAUAUAAGGCUGAUUCUUAAUUUACGAAAGAAAACUAAUUAUGUUAUACAUUACCGAAAUUUAGUUCAAUGUUUAAAAAUGGGGUUAACAUUAAUUAAAGUUCAUAGGAUAUUAAAAUUCAAACAAUCUCCAUGGUUAAAGACUUAUAUAGAUUUAAAUACUCAAUUAAGAACUAAAGCCAAUUCGGAGUUUGAAAAAGAUUUCUAUAAACUCAUGAAUAAUGCUGUUUUUGGAAAAACCAUGGAGAACAUAGAAAAACGCGUGAAUGUCAAACUAUUAACACAUUGGGAAAAUAAUGGCAAAGUUUUAGGAGCUCGAGAUUUGGUUGCCCAACCACAUUUUCACAGUUUAUCAGUAUUUUCUGAAAACCUUGUUGCGGUCCAAUUAAAUAAAACUAAACUGGUUUAUAAUAAACCUAUAUAUUUAGGGUUUUGUGUUCUAGAUAUUUCCAAAACAUUGAUGUAUAAUUUUCAUUACAACUAUAUGCAAACUAAAUUUGAUUCCAACCUAAAAUUACUUUACACAGACACCGAUAGUCUUAUUUAUCAAAUAUUCACAAAUAACUUUUAUGAUGAUAUAAAACCCGAUAUUAACACAUAUUUUGAUACAUCUGAUUAUGAUGAAAAUAACAUUUUUAAUUUCCCAAAAUUAAACAAAAAAAAAUUAGGGUAUUUUAAAGAUGAGAAUAUCGGCAGAAUUUUUACAGAGUUCGUAGGGUUAAGAUCUAAAAUGUAUGCAAUACAAGUUGAUGACAAGGUGGUGACAAAAGCCAAGGGUGUAAAUAAAUGUAUUACAAAAAAAUUAACAUUAAAUAAUUAUAAGUCCUGUUUGUUUAAUAAAGACGUACAGUAUUGUAAAAUGUUUCGGUUUAGAUCAUUAAAACAUACCAUUUUUACACAGGAAAUAAAUAAGAUAUGUUUAUCUUUUAAUGACGCUAAGCGGUACAUUUUACCCAACAAAAUUGAUACGUUACCUAUAGGUCAUUACAAAAUCAUUAGUAUGUAAUUAAGUUAAUCAUUAAUGUAUAUAACGCACUGUAUAUUUUUAUGUAAAAUAGAUUUGUUUUUUUCAUAUAUAAAUUAAUAUUGUAAUAUUAUACUAAAAUUUUUCUGUAUAUUUCAUAUAAAUAAAUUGUUUUUAAAAUACCAACUUAGUUUUAUUCCUUUCCUUGAUGAAGACAGAAGUAAAAAAUAAUGAUUCAUUUUAUUCAUCCCUUUGCUGCCAUUGUAGCAGGACCUAGUGGGUGUGGAAAAUCUAACUUUGUUACAAAUUUCAUUAAGCAUAAAAAUAGUAUAUGUAAUGAGAUUUUUUUAGAAAUUACAUGGUGUUAUGAUGAAAUGCAGCCGCUUUAUAAUAUACCCGGAGUAAAUUACCACCAAGGACUACCGGAAUUGCAUAUGUUUGAUGGUAAAAAUCCACAUUUGAUUAUAAUAGAUGACUUAAUGAGGGAAUCUGAUGGUCGAGUUGUUGAUAUAUUUACAAAAGGCAGUCACCAUAGAAAUUUGAGUGUUUUUUACAUAACUCAAAACUUAUUUCAUCAAGGAAGAGGACAGCGCGACAUUUCACUUAAUUCAAGUUAUAUUAUUUAUUUUAAAAAUCCCCGUGACAAAACACAAAUACGAUUUCUAGCGAGACAAGUUUCACCGGAAGACACGAAGUUUAUUGAAGAUUCAUAUACCGAUGCUACUAAAGAAGCUCAUGGUUAUUUAAUGAUUGAUUUGAAACAAAACACUGAUGAUGCUCGCCGCAUAAAAUCUAAAAUAUUUGAAUCUAGUAAUUUUUGUACAAUAUAUGUUCCUAUGAAAAGGUAUAAGUAUCUUUGUAAUCAGCCACUCUAAGUCAGUAAUGAACCAUGUAUCAACGAAUAACAACGCAUAAGGAAUUGUUAUCAGCUUUACAUAAAUUAAAACCCAAACAUCGUAGGAUAUUAUUGAAGUCUUGUAAUAAUCAAGAAAUUAACUGUCUAUGUGAAUGUAUUCACAAUGUUUUACAAGGAAAAGUACCUUUAAAAGAGAAUACAAAAACAAAAUUAAAAAAAAUUAAAAAUCUCUUACGUAAUCUGAUCAGUAAAGGAAAAAGUUUUGAAUACAGGAAAAAUAUAUUAAUACAAAAAGGAGGGUCCUUUCUUCCAAUAAUUUUGGGUACAAUUCUAAGCACCCUUGUAAGUUGUUUUAAUAAAUCACAAUGAACACAAAAAAAAUGCUUCUUGUUGAGCAAGACUUUAUUGAUAAACUGAAACAUCAGAAUGAAAAUAAAGCAACACCGCAAAGUAGAUUGGAUUUAGAAAUGGAAAAAAUUAUAUCAAGUAAAUUGGAUGAUCGCGAAAAAUGGGCGCUUUAUCUACAAAUUUUACAAAGAUACUUACAUUACUCCAUGGAAGAACGGCAACCUCAAGAAAUAACAAUAACUGAAAAGGUAAUAAAUGAUAAUACUAACGAAAACCGUAACAUCAAUAAUAUAACUACUAGUGAAAAUGAAAAAAUGCUAAAUGUUAAACAACCCCCAACGGGUGAAGACAUCACAUAUGGGUUAUCACCAAAAGAAAUAUUAAAAUUAAUUCCUAAAACUUAUAUGAGGAGGGGUGAAUUAUUGAUGGAUACAAUAUUAAAUAAAACAGAUCAAUUGCAAUGGAAUAAAAAUGGAACAGUUGUCAUUAGUGGACAAGAGAUACCAG